GGUGUCGUCACCUUCUACUGCUCACUGGGACCGGAUUCCCUCUUGCCCAAUAUUCUUUUUACAAUAAAAUAUAAACCCAAGCAAUUAGAAUUGCCGGAGCUGUUUCCCCACGGUCACAGUUGUGCUGUAUGUGGCAAGGUCAAAUGCAAAAGGCACAGACCUACUUUGCUUCUGGAAAACUAUCAGCCGUGGCUGGAUCUGAAAGUGCCUUCCAAGGUUGAUGCGUCGCUGUCAGAGGUGCUUGAGCUGGUGCUGGAAAACUUUGUUUAUCCAUGGUACAGAAAUAUUACUGACGACGAAUCCUCGGUGGAUGAACUGAGAGGCACGCUGCGGUUUUUUGCAUCUGUUUUAGUUCGGAGAAUUCACAAGGUUGAUAUUCCAACUGUUGUAACGAAGAAAAUGCUCAAGGCAGCAAUGAAACACAUCGAGGUGAUAGCCAAGGCCAGGCAGAAAGUAAAAAAUGCAGAGUUUUUACAGCAAGCUGCUUUAGAAGAAUACGGACCAGAGCUCCAUGUUGCUUUGAGAAGCCGAAGAGAUGAACUUCACUACUUAAGAAAACUUACUGAACUUCUUUUUCCUUAUAUUUUGCCUCCAAAGUCAACAGAAUGCAGAUCCUUGGCUCUUCUGAUACGAGAGAUUCUGCCUGGUUCUGUUUUCCUUCCCUCAAUGGAUUUCUUGGCUGAUCCUGACACUGUCAACCAUUUGCUGCUGAUCUUCAUUGACGAUAGUCCGCCUGAGAAAGCAACUGAACCUACUUCUUCAUUGGUUCCAUUCCUUCAGAAAUUUGCAGAGCCGAGAAAUAAAAAACCAUCUGUCCUGAAACUGGAGCUGAAGGAGAUCAGGGACCAGCAAGACCUAUUAUUUCGGUUUAUGAACUUCCUGAAGCAGGAAGGGGCAGUCCAUGUGCUGCAGUUCUGCCUGACUGUAGAGGAAUUCAAUGACCGAAUUUUGCGACCAGAACUAUCAGAUACCGAAAAGAUGUCUCUUCAUGAGGAAGUACAGAAAAUUUACAAAACUUACUGCCUGGAUGAAAGCAUUGACAAAAUUAGAUUUGACCCUUUUAUUGUGGAAGAGAUCCAAAGAAUUGCUGAAGGUACAUAUGAGGAUGUUGUGAAACUUCAGACUAUGCGGUGUCUUUUUGAGGCUUACGAGCACGUACUUUCUCUGCUCGAGAACGUUUUUACUCCAAUGUUCUGUCACAGUGAUGAGUACUUCAGGCACCUUUUAAGAGGAGCAGAGUCACCAACGCGCAAUUCAAAGUUUAACCGAAGUAGCCUGAGUUUGGAUGACUUCCGGACCACGCAGAAGAGAGGAGAAUCCUUUGGAAUCAGCAAAAUAGGCAACAAAAUAAAAGGUGUAUUCAAGAGUUCUGCAAUGGAAGGAGCUAUGUUGCCUAACUACAACUUAAAUGAAGGAGAAGAUGACUUUAUUGAAGAAGGUGUUAUGGUGAUGGAAGACGAUUCUCCGGAGGAGGCUGUUAGUACCCCAAACACACCCCGCAACCUUACUGCGUGGAAAAUUAGCAUCCCAUAUGUAGAUUUUUUUGACGAUCCCUCCUUGGAAAGAAAAGACAGAAAGGAGAGAAUUCCCGUGUUCUGCAUUGAUGUAGAGAGAAAUGAUAGAAGGGCAGUUGGACAUGAACCUGAACACUGGUCUGUCUACAGGAGGUAUCUUGAAUUUUAUGUGCUGGAGUCAAAACUAACGGAAUUUCACGGUACAUUUCCUGAUGCCCAGCUUCCCUCAAAGAGAAUCAUUGGCCCCAAGAACUAUGAGUUCUUAAAAUCCAAGAGAGAGGAGUUUCAGGAAUAUCUGCAGAAACUUCUGCAACAUCCAGAGCUAAGUAACAGCCAGCUUUUAGCUGACUUCCUGUCCCCUAAUGGAGGAGAGACUCAGUUUCUUGAUAAAAUGCUGCCUGAUGUGAAUCUUGGUAAAAUUAUAAAAUCUGUUCCAGGAAAGCUGAUGAAAGAGAAAGGUCAGCAUUUGGAGCCAUUCAUCAUGAAUUUUAUCAACUCCUGCGAAUCUCCCAAGCCUAAACCCAGUAGGCCUGAACUGACCAUUUUGAGUCCCACUUCCGAAAACAACAAGAAGCUUUUCAAUGAUUUAUUCAAGAAUAAUGCAAACCGGUCUGAGAACACAGAACGACGACAAAAUCAGAACUACUUCAUGGAGAUGAUGACUGUAGAAGGAGUCUAUGACUACUUAAUGUAUGUUG